AUGAUCACCUCUCUUCCUGAUAAAGUGUUAGCGAACGUGAAAUAUCUUUGGUACCUAACACUGUCUGACAAUCCGAUAGAAAAAAUUGAGCCGAAGGCAUUUGGUCUCUCUUAUCAUGAAUUAAAAAUAUUUCUUCUACGAACUUCAUUGAAAACGAUUGCCUCUGACAUCUUUUCAAGCAAUCACCCUCAAGAUUUUCGAAUAACUUUGACGAACAGAAUCACCAGGGUGAUAGACUACAAUUACCCAUCUGGCAACGGGAAGCACGCCUUGUAUCUGUCAGUAAUUUAUGUAAUUGGCCUGGGUGACGUGAGAAUCAAAGCGGUUCCUCCUCCCUUGACAGAUCCUCCUUCAAGGAACUGUCAUGUCCUAGGCAAUCCUCUUGAAACACGCGACGAAGCCAUCACAGUUCCUUCAACAGUGUCUCCAUCUGUUAUAUCUUUUCUACAUAAAGUGGGAUUCAGAAAGACAGCCUCUGAAAGUAACUACUUCAUAUUUCUACCCUGUCCUUUGGGUACAUUUUCACAUCACGCCUUGUUUACCUCGGAACUAGAUUCAGAUAUCUGCUCAGAUUGUCCACCAGGUGGAUUUUACUCUGAUAAUCUUGCCUUUGUGGCGAAAGGCUGUAAGAAAUGUCCGAAUGGGUCUUACGUUGCAUAUGACAAGAAACCUGGAAAAUCAGUGUUAGAUUGCAAGACUUGUCCUCUGGGAACCGAAACUGACUUUUUCGCUGGACAUCGAGCUUGUCCAUGCUUAAAAGGUCAUUAUCGAACCCACCUAUUUGAGGGAUGUCGCGAAUGUGGUAAAGAUGGACUUGUUUGCCAGAAAGAAUAUGCCUCUUUGAGACCUGGUUAUUGGUGGCAAUGGCGUAACGAUUCUUACAAACGUCGUUAUCAAGAUUUUAUAAAAAAUCUCGUGGAAUCUAAACCAGCAUUAGAUGAGCAUUCUGUGCAGUAUCCUUAUGCACUCCCAACGCCGUAUAGGUGCCAAGUACCAGAGUCCUGUAAGGGUGGAUUGGACUCACCAUGUGCAGAUGGAUAUGAGGGACCUAUUUGCUCUGUAUGCACCUCAGGAUACUACAAGCAAUUCCACAGAUGCAAAAAAUGCCCAUCAAAAUCAUGGAUCGUGGGACAGUUAUCUCUUGUUGCUGUCAUUUUAUUAAUAACAUUUUCUCUGUUGGCAUGGAAGAGGAAAACGAAGCUUAAAACAGAGCGUGCUCUCGAUCUUAUGGACAAAUCCUUAUCCAAAUUUAAAAUCUUGAUAGGAUUUUACCAAGUCACUCAUGGCUUACUAGACGUUUUCUCUUAUAUCAGCUGGCCAGACUCGUUAGAAGUUGUUGCAAGGUAUUCAGGAAUACUGCAGAUGAAUUUGCUUCAGGUGGCACCCAUUCACUGCCUUUUUCCAGGAUUACACAUGAACGCAUUUGGAGACUUGUUUCUAAUCUUGUCAUUGAAUGCAAUUGUCAUCAUCGCUUCGGGUUUGAUCUUUGACAUUCGCAAGAUGAUUAUCUUUGGCAAUAAAAGCUUACUUGACGAAGAAAAGUUAGCCAAAACUUCACAACUGAAAGAAAUCGUGUUCAAAAAUCUGUUUUUCGUCCUUUAUGUGACUUAUUUGACUUCGUUUUCAAAGACAGCCAGUGUUCUGCCACUUGCUUGCCGUAAACUGUGCAAGGACAAAAAAGAACAGCUGUGCAACGAGUACCUCAAAGCAGACUACAGCGUGAAAUGCCAAGGCCAAACAUAUGACCAAUUGCUGAUUGUAGCCUACAUUUCCAUUGCGUACAUCUUUGCCCUACCUGCUGCGUCUUUUGUCGCCCUUUGGAGGCAUCGGCGAGCAAUAUCAACCACAGUAAACUGUGAUGGGUCACACGUUGACAAGGAAACCGUUGGAGGACUGCGGUUUCUUUUCGAAAACUACAAACCGUGCUCAUGGUAUUGGGAGCUGGUUGAAAUGUCUCGGAGAGUAAUUCUUACCUCUGGCCUUAUUCUCGUGGGUCAUGAAAGCAGGUCCUACAUUGGUCUGGCAUGGGUCGUGGCUGGUGUGUAUGGAAUUCAUUUCUCUUGGAUGAGACCCAUACAGGACCCAUUCGAAAACAGAUUAAUGACCACUUCCCUCGCCGUUACAGUUGUCAACUUAGGUAUCGGUGCUGUCAGCAAAAUUCCAGCAGAAAAUAUAUCGAACGCCGAGGAUAAACACAUGGAUGCCAUUUCAAUGAAGAUACUGAUUCUUGGAGCAAAUACUCUCGUGAUUGGGCUUCUCGUUGUUCAAUACCUGGUGUACGUAUAUCAGUACUUCAAAGAGUGGCGUAAGAACCCGCAAUGGUCCAUCUCGUGCUGCUUGGCCGUGCUCCUUCCUCUUAAUGAUUUGCAUGGCGAAAUUCGCGGUAUGGUUGGAAAGAACAUGCUUAAAGCACAGCUUCAGACAAGUAUGAUUAGAAAACCUUCCAUUGCAAAAGACCGUGGAGCUCUGAGUUUCACUCUGUCUCGAGAAGAACGUAGAGGUAAUGACGAGAAUACAACAAAUUCACUUGAGCAAAACUUGAUGGUAAAGAAACAUCGCAAGUACCGCCGAAUAAUGAAGAAUGACCAUGGGACACAAACAGAGGCCACUUCGCCACCGAUUCUUACUUCUCGCGGGUUAUUGGAACCAGCAUACAUCUCU